AGAAGGGAUCGCUGGUAUCUGCUACUUUCAUUCACUCGUCUCUGCAUGCGAAGUUAAAGGAAAAUGCUUUUCGCUUGCCUUCUUCUUUUCUCUCUGUUAUCAUUUCAACAGCAGCGACUCUUCUACUAAUAAAAGCGAAAACGCUCCCUUGAUUUCGGUGAAGAAAGCAGCGAUUCUCUCUCUCUCUCUCUUGAAGUGUGAGGUCGAAAAAGAACGGGGAUUUCUCUGUUUUGCAGCGAUUCCUUUCUGACCGAUUCCUCGAUUUUCUUCGGUUGCGAUCGAUCGAUUAGACAGGAAAGGGAGAUUGGACGGAGAUGAUUCAAGAUUUUGGAGCUUCUUGAGCGGUUUUUAAUGGCGAAACGGCGGAAGGGUGUUUCUUCAGUUGAAUUGGAGUUUCUAAUGAUUUUUGGAGCUUGGUUGAAGUGUUCCGGUCUUAGGUCGAUCAGUGGCGGAAAGAUCUGAACCGUUCGAUUUUGUUCUGUUCUUGGAGUUGUUCUGAGCUUGGCGAUAGUCGUUAAUGGCGGAAAUUGAUGGAGAAGAGGUUUAGUGGAGGAUACUGUGAGAAUCGAAGAAAUUCGGUUGUUUUUCUUUCAAAAUAGGGUUUUGUUAGAGAAGAUUCGAUUCGAUCUGUUUGUGAAGAGUAGAAAUAUAUUCGGAAGGAAGAUUUCUGGAUUUUCAGGCGAUGUACAAUUCCCAAGCAUCGUUGAAUGGCUUCAAUCUCUCAUUUCCGGCAGCUUUCAAGCACACGAAAGAGGAAUUGCAGAAGAACAGAGAAGAGAUGGAGCCUAUUCUCCAUAACCGUCAACAUCAGCAGCAGCAACUGAAUUCUAAUUUGAUGCGGUACCGCUCUGCCCCGAGCUCUCUUCUUGCGAAUUUCACAGACGGCGGCGGCGGCGGCGAAGGAUGUCAAGAUUUCGCCCCUCACUCUUCCAGCCCCGACACAGAGAGCAUCUUCGCUAGGUUCAUGACUUCCGGCGGUGGCGAUUUGGCAUGUCCCGAUCUCCAUGUUAUUGAAGAGAAGCCGUCACCGGUAAGAAGCCAAAGAAGUCCUCAGUUCGUGGUGGGAGCAGAGGUCGUCCCUCAGCAGAACGGAUUUUCUUCUCCCCCGCAUAUGAUUUACCAGACAGCACCCCUGCCGAAUCACAGCUCGGCUGCUGCAGCGGCAAUUGAAAGUCCUUAUAGAGCGGUGAAUUCAAUGGCGUUGGAUUCGUCCUUAGUGAAAAGUGGUGGAAAUAGCUCGAAUCUUAUCAGGCACAGCAGCUCGCCUGCAGGGCUUUUCUCUCACCUAUCUGUAGAAAAUGCAGGCUAUGCUGUAAUGAGGGGCGUGGGCAAUUUCAGAGCUGGGAAUGGUUCUAACAGAGAAGCCACUGCUUCAACUAGCAGGUUGAAGAACCAGAUAAACUUUUUGCCAAGGCAAGCUUCCUCUCCUGGGAUGUUGUCUCAGAUAUCUGAAAUGGGAAGUGAAAGCCUCGGAGGAAGUAGCCCUGACGACGGGAGCUUGGGAAAUGAUAAUGGUAGUAGCGGCAGAUGUUACAUCCCUGGCUUCCCCAUGUCUUCUUGGGACGAUUCCCCACUGGAGAAUUUCAGAAGCUUAAAGAGAGUUAGAUCAGAUAUCAACGAGAAGAUGAUUCCUGGUUUAAUCUCAUCAGAGAGUCAGCAGAAUGCAAUUGCGGGAAAUCACGCCUCUGGUAUUAGCCAUCAGUAUAGCUUACCGAAAACUUCAUCAGAGAUGGCUGCGAUGGAGAAGUACUUGCAGUUUCAGGACUCAGUUCCUUGCAAGAUCCGAGCCAAGCGGGGUUGCGCAACUCAUCCCCGAAGCAUUGCAGAGAGGGUGAGAAGAACUCGGAUUAGUGAACGUAUGAGAAAACUACAAGAGCUUGUUCCUAACAUGGAGAAGGUAAUGACUCAAACGAACACGGCCGACAUGUUAGAUUUGGCUGUGGAAUACAUAAAAGAUCUCCAGAAACAGGUCGAGACGCUAUCCGAUAGUCGGGCGAGUUGUUCCUGUUCAUGCAAGCAAAAGCCAUACCUGAAUUCUGCAGUGUGAUUAGAAGAGAAAUGUAAAAGCUGUAAUGGAAGGGGAUACUAUUAGUAGAAGAUAGAAGGUGGCCCAGGAAAGAAACUGGGGGUAACGGCAGUGAGAAUCUCAGCCGUUAGACCCAAUAGAGACUAACAAAGCUGCCUGAGAAAAUGUAUAGCAUAUUAUCUUAAAUCAUACCUCCCUGUUGUAUGUAAUGUAACUUAGUUUAAAUGCGGUUCAUCUACUUAAAAAGAUCAUUACCAAGAGUAGA